AUAGAUUUAAUCAUCUUUGAAUUGUUUCUUUUUACUUCACGUUCCAAGUCGAAUUGAAUAAAAAGUAAGCGGUACUGUUGCACUCGACGCAGUACCUCUUGAUACGUUUUCACGUUAAGAAUCUCGUAUUUACAAUUGAUCGGGAAAUCUGAAUAAGAGAUGGCAUCCUACGCGGAAGAUUUUUACUACGAAUUCGCAAUCAAAUUGACUCAUGAUGCUGCUCACAUACUCAAAGAAGCUAUCAAUGGUGUAAAGAAAAUCGACGAAAAGUUGGGGAAUUGGGAUUUGGUAACGGAAUACGAUCGAAAGAUAGAAGAUUUGAUUAUUGGUCAAUUAAAAACAAAAUUUCCAGAUCACAAAUUUAUAGGAGAAGAAUCGAUUGGAAAAGAACUUCCAGAAUUGACCAACGAUCCUACAUGGAUCAUUGAUCCAAUCGACGGCACUACCAACUUUGUUCAUGCAUUUCCUCAUACAUGCAUUGUAAUCGGUUUGGCGAUUAAAAAAGAAAUGGUGAUCGGUAUUGUUUACAAUCCUAUUCUCGAACAAUUAUUCACAGCGAGAAAAGGUCGUGGCGCAUUUUUAAAUGAUAAACCUAUAAAAGUUUCUAAAGUACAAGAUUUAUCGAAAGCUUUAGUCUGCAUGGAAAGUGGUUUUAUAAAAAUAGAUUAUAUGAGAGAAAAGACUAUAGAAAGAUUACGAACAAUUGUCCAAGAAGUUCAAGGCAUUCGUACACUCGGCGUAGCCGCAUUAUCGUUAUGUUAUAUUGCAAUGGGAAUUGUAGAUGCUUAUUAUAUCGAGGGACCAGGCAUUUCAACCUGGGAUAUCGCCGCAGCAUCAUUGAUCAUUUCAGAAGCGGGUGGUAUCGUUGUCGAUCGUGUAACAGGUGAAAAGAUUGAUAUUAUGAAACCACGUGCAAUUGGAGCAUGUAAUGAAAAAAUUGCGAACAAGAUGGUCAAACUUAUACGUGAAGCUGAUCAAAAAGUAAAAUAAAAAAA